CACCACUUGCCCCCGGCGCGCCUGUCGACGCGUGGAGGGCCACGUGGAUAAUGGCAGGCCUAUUUUGUUAGGCGCGGAACAUUUUGUAUUGCUCGACACAACUCCUCUUUUCGAGAAUUCGAACCAACUUGUCAACUGAACUCCUCCACCCCCUCCUCCGCCGAGCUAUAUCUUCUCGCCCGUACCGCACCUGCCACUAUCAUCGACAUCUUGCAUCUUUCACAUCAUUGCAUCUAUCGCGCCACCAAAUUCAUCGUCAAUCGACGCCUAUCACUCGCAUAUUACGACCCGUGUUCACACCUGCGACUCCCCUAGCAUCAUCCCACUUCAAUCCUAGGAAUCUUCUCCGUGUUUCCCUCAAGCUACAGCUUCCGGAUACUCGUCGGCUCAUCCUUACACACCCGCCAUCCAUAUCUCGCGUACCCUCCCCGGCCAUCGUGCAGGACGCCUUCAUUCCCUCCUGAUUCGCACGACGUCCCACCAUGUCCCAGCCUGCUCCCCGCCGCACUGCGUCUCUUACCGGUAGCUCGCGACUGUCGCUGAAUGUGGGCACCAAGCAGGCACCGCCCGCCCCAGGCCGCGUCGCUGGCCGUCACCCCCUGCGCCAGGAUUGGUCGAUCAGCUACGUCCACCGCCCCCCAGGAGCCAAGGUCGAUUACGAGAAGGAGAUUCACAAGGUCGCAACCUUUGGCUCGAUCGAGUCUUUUCUCCACCUCUACGCGCACCUUACCCCACCUUCAGACUUGCCGCCUGUGACGGACUUGCUCUGCUUUGCCAGCAGGAUUCAACGCCCGGGUAUCUGGGAGGAGAUCCCUCGCGGCGGCAAGUUCACCAUCCGACUGCUGCACCCCAUCACGCCAGUGCUGUACGAGUCGCUCCUGUUCGCUCUCAUCGGUGACCAGUUUGACGAGUCGGACAACGUCGUCGGCUGCGUCCUGAGCGUGCGUCAAACCGAGGACAUCCUGAGUGUGUGGGUGGAGGAGGAAGGCGAGGCUGUGCGCUCUGGAGCAUUGCGAGAGAAGAUUAUCUCGCUCCUGUCGCUCCCGUCCACGACGCUCUGCGAGUACCGGUCGAACAAGGCCCUGCUUGACGCUGCCUCGUCCAUGAACAAGGUGGAGGGUGGGGCUCAAGAGGGCGCACACCACGGCAACGCGCACACACACCACUCGCACGGCUUUGGGGGGCUUCACCAGCAGUCCCAGGGCUUUGGGCAGCACCGGCACCAGCAGCACGGCAUGGGGCAACAUCACGGUCCACACGGCGACAGAGCGUAUGUUCGGGAGCCACGCGGCCCGAGGGACGACGCUUCGAGGACGGGCGGGUGGGGUAAUGGGUUUCGCAGGGAGCAGUAAGCCGUGAGAUUGAUAGUGUUGGUGCGAACGGCCUGACCUUAGGAGGUGGGCGAUAUGUGAUAGUUGGGAGGAGGUCCUCAUUGCCACUGCCUAAAA